AGUAACUCGUACUUACAAAACCAACAUUCAGAAACCUUAUCUUUUCCCCUUAUAUAAACUCCCUUCACUUUAUACCUUCCAACUAUUCCAAAACAAACCCCCAAACCUCCAUCCCUCUUCUUACCUUCAAUCCAUCUAAACAAAACCCAAUUUUCAACCAUGAUCACAGCCCAUGAUUUCUACACAGUAAUGGCGGCCAUGGUACCCUUAUACGUCGCCAUGAUCUUAGCCUACGGCUCCGUCCGGUGGUGGAAAAUCUUCUCACCGGACCAAUGUUCCGGCAUCAACCGUUUCGUCGCCAUUUUCGCCGUCCCCUUACUUUCCUUCCAUUUCAUCUCAACCAACAACCCAUAUGAAAUGAACUUCCAUUUCAUCGCAGCUGAUACCCUUCAAAAAAUCAUAAUGUUAGUCCUUUUAGCCUUAUGGACUAACCUUACUAAAAAUGGAAGUUUAGAAUGGAUGAUCACAAUCUUUUCCCUUUCUACCCUUCCCAAUACACUUGUAAUGGGUAUUCCUUUACUUAUUGCUAUGUAUGGUAAAUAUUCCGGUAGUCUUAUGGUUCAAGUUGUUGUAUUACAGUGUAUUAUUUGGUAUACCCUUUUAUUGUUUUUGUUUGAAUAUCGUGGUGCUAAGAUUUUGAUUAUGGAACAGUUUCCUGAAACCGCUGGGUCUAUUGUGUCGUUUAAAGUUGAUUCUGAUGUCGUUUCGUUAGAUGGAAGAGAUUUUCUAGAAACUGAUGCUGAAAUUGGGGAAGAUGGGAAAUUACAUGUUAAAGUUAGGAAGUCUAAUGUUUCUAGAAGGUCUAUUUCUGGUAUGACUCCUAGACCUUCUAAUUUAACUGGGGCUGAAAUUUAUAGUUUAAGUUCUUCUAGAAAUCAGACUCCUAGAGGGUCUAAUUUUAAUACUUCUGAUUUUUAUUCUAUGAUGGCUUUUAAUCAAGGGUUUGGGGGUAGAUUGUCUAAUUUUGGACCGGCUGACAUGUACUCUGUUCAGUCCUCACGUGGGCCCACCCCUCGUCCGUCGAAUUUUGAUGAGAACCCGAACCCGACUGCGUCUCCGAGGUUUGGGUUUUAUCCUUCAGCCAUCAAUUCGGGAAAUUCGGCUCCUGGGACUUAUCCGGCGCCGAAUCCCGAGUUUGUGAAUGGGAGUGGGAAUGGGGGUAGUAAUAAUAAUGUUAAGAAUAGUGGGGGGAAGAAUCAGGUGCAGCAAAGCCUACAGCAACAACAGAGUGGAAGUGGUGGUGGAGGGCAUCAAAGUAAAUUGAGUCAUGAUGCUAAAGAACUUCAUAUGUUUGUGUGGAGUUCAAGUGCAUCACCUGUUUCUGAAGUUGGUGGGCUCCAUGUAUUUGGGAGUAAUGAUUAUGGUGGUGCUGAUAAUCAAUCUGGACGCUCUGAUCAAGGGGCUAAGGAAAUCAGGAUGUUGGUUAAUGAUCAUCCACAAAAUGGUGAUACUAAAGGGUUAAGGAAAAGUGAAGAAUUUGCAAGGGAAGAUUUUAGCUUUACAGGUGGAGAAGAAGAAAGAGAAAAAGAAGGAGGGAUCCAAAUGGCACUUAAUAAGUUGGGCACAAGUUCGGCAGCCGAGCUCGACCCAAAAGCUGUGGCGGCUGGCGGGGCGGAGCUAGGUGGCGGAAAACACUUGCCACCAGCAAGUGUAAUGACAAGAUUAAUCUUAAUCAUGGUUUGGAGGAAGCUAAUUAGAAAUCCAAACACUUAUUCAAGCUUAAUAGGCCUAAUUUGGUCUUUGGUUUGUUUUCGGUAUAAUGUGCAAAUGCCAUCAAUAAUUACGAAUUCAAUAUCAAUUCUAUCAGAUGCAGGAUUAGGAAUGGCUAUGUUCAGUUUAGGUUUGUUCAUGGCUUUACAACCUAAGAUUAUUGCAUGUGGGAACAAGGUUGCUAUCUUUUCCAUGGCUAUUAGGUUCCUUACCGGUCCGGCCGUCAUGGCGGUGGCCAGCAUUGCUAUUGGCUUAAAAGGCGAUCUUCUUCGAGUUGCCAUUGUUCAGGCAUCACUUCCUCAAGGGAUCGUUCCAUUUGUUUUUGCCAAAGAAUACAACAAUCAUCCACAAAUACUGAGCACUGCCGUGAUAUUUGGGAUGUUGAUAGCAUUACCAAUAACCUUGGUGUACUACAUCCUUCUUGGACUAUAAAAAUUGUUGUCUUAAAAGGAUUGAGUUUGCUAAGUUUAAUACUUUUCUACUUUGAAGUUAUCAUUAUUGAGUUUUGUGAAGAAGGUUUUCACAACCUAAGCUUGCACAAGUGUUAAGAUACUAAUGGGUGAACAUCACAAGAUCACAGAUGAUGUCUCCAACAAGAGUUUCAAGUUCAAGGUGCAUUCAUCAAAAUUAGGGUUUUGGGAAACAUAAUUUCAACAAGUAAAUGACGGUGAUUGGUUGUUUGAGCUUAAUAUUUUUGACUUCUUCAAGGAAUUUGAUGCCUAAUAUAAGGAUCAUGCUCCCACUAUACUUUAGCCUCCUUUUCCCCACAAAAAUAGAUUUUUAUAUUUUCUUUUCUCGGGUACGGAUAUGGGUAUAGAUUGUUUAUCUUUCAUCUCUCAAAUCCUUGCUAUAUGCGUGUGAGAUUUAUUGGGUAUGAUGAUGAUGAUUAAAAUGUCUUGUAUUUGAUUUUUUUUUUUUUAAAAAUUUUUGAUGUUUGGUGGUGGAUAAGAGAGGAAAUUAGGGGAAAAGUAGUGAGUCUAAGGUUUUGUUAUAGUGAUAGUAUUAUUACUAGUUUUAAAUAGUUGCUAGAUCUUUGGUUGGUUAUUGUUGGUUAUUUUGUUUUCAGUUAAGUUAUUUUUAAGUCAGGUUAAUUUUAGAUAAGUUAUUGAUGUAAUAGUUUUUUUUAUUGUAUUAAUAAAGGGUAGGUUAAAUUUUUAAUUUGUAAAUUUUGGUUUUGUUUGGAAAUAAUUCUAGAAUGAUGUUUGAUGUUUUUAAUAAAGAAUUCCUAUUAUUUACA